AUGAAUCCAAGUCUUCGAGCAACAGGUAUCGCUAUUUUAUCUGCGUUGGGUGCUCUUCUCUUUGGCCUGGACAUAGGCUACAUCGCCCCGAUCCUCGAGUGCGCCUCCUUCAAGCGGGAUGUUGCACAUUUGGCCGACUGGCAGAAUCCAGGUGUCAGGAUCGAUGAUUACACAGCAGGUUUCAUCGUUGGCAUAUUUUCGAUUGGCUGCAUUGUAUCAUCUCUUCCGCCCGUCAGUGCGUAUUUUCUCAACGUGUGGGGCAGGCGCAGCUCCAUCAUUCUGGGCUCGGCGGUGUUUCUGCUGGGCAGUCUGUUGCAGGUCUUCGCCUGGUCCAUUGUUACCAUCCUCUGCGGCCGCUUCGUCUCGGGUUUGUCCAUCGGUCUUCUGAGCGCCGUGGUGUCGCUGUACCAGAGCGAGUUGGCGCCCCCGGCGCUGCGCGGCCGCUUGACGUCCAUGUACCAGCUGAUGCUCACCUUGGGCAUUCUGCUGGCGGCCUUCGUGGACCACGAGCUGGUGCACCUGGACCACGGCUGGCGGGCCGCGAUCGCGCUGCAAAUGGCACCGGCGCUGGCGCUGCUGCUGGCGAUGCCGUGGAUGCCCCGGUCCCCCCGCUGGCUGGUGCAGCAGGACCGCGUCGACGAGGCCCUGGCGGCCUUGAAGUUGGUGCGCGAGGAGCCCGCCGCUGAAGCGGAGCUGGCGGAGAUCGUGGCGAGCCACCGGAAAGCAAAGGUGUUGGGGGAGUCUUCCUGGAAGGAGCUCUGUCAGGGUCGAACUGGACAUUUGCUGCUGGUCGGUGUGGCCCUUCAGAUGUUGCAGCAGCUGGUUGGGAUGAACGCCUUGAUGUAUUUCGGACCACGCAUGUUCGCUGACAUCGGCAUGAACCCCACGCUAUUCCAGACCCUCAGCAAUCUCGUGAACUUUCUCGCCACCUUUCCCGCUUUGCUUUUCGCCGAUCAGUACGGGCGUUGUUCAUUGCUUUGGUGGAGUGCAGCGGGGAUGGUUGUAGCCUGUUCCACCAUCAGUUCCGUGGGUGGAAGAUUCGUGCUCGCCAACUCGGAUGGCACAUACACAUCGACCAGUGGAACCGCCAGCUACGUUAUAGUAGCGAUGAUGUUUCUUUUCGUGAUCAAUUUUGCGUAUGGUUGGGGGCCAAUCGUCUGGGUUUAUACUUCAGAGAUGUUUCCACUCCGCUGUCGAAGCCAGUGUGUAGCGGCGACCACCUGUGCAAACUGGGUUGGCAACUUUCUGGUGGCUCAGUGCACUCCAGUUUUGCUCGGGCACGUGGGCUUCCUAACGUUUUACAUCUAUGGCGCUUUCGCAUUCUUGGCGCUGCUGCUUGCACGCUGGCUGCCGGAAACGAGGGGGGUGCCUUUGGAACAGAUGGAUCGAGUCUUUGAUGACAAGCUGGGGCUCCCGUGCAAGAGUCACGGGCCGUUAGGGGAGGCCUUGUUGAGUCAUUUGAAGCAGCUGGAAGCAUGA